AUGGAAAGAAAUGAUACUGUCUGCAUGGUUGGGAUAUUCGGAAUAGAUGGAAUUGAUAAGAAAAACAUUAGAAAAACUUCAAAACAAGAAAAAGGUUUGAUUUGGCUACAAAAUACACUUCUAUAUGAGAUCUUGGGAGAAAAUUUGGAUGUUCGUGAUUUUGAUAGAGGCAUCAAUGUGAUUAGCCAUAGACUUCACUCUAAAAGGGUUCUCCUAAUUCUAGAUGAUGUGGAUGAGUUGAAACAACUAGAAACAUUAGCUAGAGAUCGUAAAUGGUUUGGUCUAGGAAGUAGAAUCAUUGUAACAACAAGAGAUCAACAUUUAUUAAAUAUCUCUAAAGUUGAUUCAAAAUACGAGUUGAAGAUUUUGGCAAACAAUGAGUCUCAUAAGCUCUUUAGAUUGCAUGCUUUUGAGAAAGAGGAACCACUUGACGGUUAUGCAGAAGUCUUUGAACAAGUCAUGCAAUAUGCUCAAGGUCUUCCACUAGCUUUAACAGUGUUGGGUUCAAAUCUAAAAGAUAAAACCAUUCGUGAAUGA